UAUUCUCUAACGGCUUCUUUGUGCAAAGGUGUGUUGUUAUCAGCGAUGUGAAGUAGUAUCAUCUUACCUUUCGUUAUCACUUGUGUGUGUGUGUGUGUGGAAAGGCCACGCAAACAGAUGGUACGAAGAGAUAGACGAGGUUCGGCUCGAUUGUUCUAGAUGGUACGGAAUAGCGUCUUCCGUUUGUUCAAAUUGUUUCUGCGGAUUGUAUUGAAAGAACCUGUUUGCAUUCCAUUAGGGCGGAGGGCGCUCGAAUUUUUGUUUUCUGUAACGGAACAAAAACAAAUAUGGAGCUGAAGAACAAACAUGAGUCACCAUGUGUGUCAUGUGUGGCUCAAAAAUAUGCAGCAAAAAAACCCCAACAUUGUUUCCGAAUUUGUAUUUCAACCGGAAAGUGCAUACGACAUGCAGAAUACACAACAAAAAAAAAAAAAACAACCCCGUUGGCUAGAGUGUUGGUGCCAUCGAUUCUAGGAACAAGAAGCACAUAGAAAUUCAAGCUGAUAAACUUAUCUCAAAUAUGAUAUGACCAACCCAUCCAACAAGUAGCAGCACCACUACCACCAACAAGCUAAGUGCUUCUUAGGCAGUUUUAGGCUUGCUAAUAAAUGGACGUCGAAUGAGCGGGCCCCACUUUACAGUGCAUUUGCCCAUCAACCGAUCUAGGCGGCGUUGAUCCAGAUAGCAAGCAAGCGGUACCACAUCUUUAGGAUCUUCAUUUUCCAUCGUACGGCACACGGCACAUCAUCAUCGUCAUCAUCAUGAGCGGAGCUGGCUGCUGGCAACACUGCAACGUCAAUGGACCGUUCCCGCCGAACAUGGUGCGCGCCGGCGUCGAUAGCGACGGUGAGGUGAUCUACGUGGGGCGUGCCUUUCACGAGGGCGACAUGGUGCCGGCCAAGGUGAUCCCCACCAAGAACGUGGCGUUCGUGUGCCACGGCGGCGAGGAGGUGCUGAAGGAAGACUUCGAGGUGCUGCGCUACGGUGCGUUCGUGUGGGAGUACUCCUCGAACGGUUCCGUGCCGGAAACGGCCAUGAGGAUUGGCCAGACGAUGGACGGGGAGCCGCUGUACAUGGGGCGCGCCAUCUACAGUGGGUCGCAAACGCCCGGCAAGGUGCAUCCGUCGCACGGUUGCUGCUACCUGCCGUUCGAUGGGGCUGAGGUAAGCGUCACCGAUUACGAGGUGCUGUGCAUUCGAUAAAGGCACUACUGGCGGCAGUCGGUUGGGCUUGAUUGAUAUGGAUGGUGUGAUUUUCGGGUAAUAAAUGGUAGGAGUAGCAAGCUGUUGAUUGUAA